AUGUCUGGUCAAGAAAAACAUUUGGUUAAGGAAAAUAUCAUAAACUCAAAUUCGGAUGAAGAUUCCAGUAGAAUUGGCCAGGUGGACCAUUUGGAAGCCACGGAAAAACCACUCUGGAAACGUUUGCUGCGUCGGCUGGAAAUUCAACAGAGUGGGCGAGACGAAACCAUCAAAGAGACUUUCCUUUACAAUCAUGAUUUGAAACCGGUCGAGAGUGAACGUCGUUUGUGGUCGUGGUUCAAUUUUGUGUAUUUUUGGAUUGCCGACUGCUUCAAUAUCAAUACCUGGCAAGUGGCCGCUACAGGCCUGCAAUUGGGCCUCACCUGGUGGGAAACCUGGAUUACCGUGUGGAUUGGCUACUCUAUUGUUGCUCUUUUCGUUGUUGCCGUGGCGAGAAUCGGCUCUGUUUACCAUAUUUCAUUCCCCAUCACCGCUAGAGCCUCGUUUGGCAUCUUUUUCUCACUGUGGCCGGUCCUAAACCGUGUAGUAAUGGCCAUUGUGUGGUACUCCGUCCAAACAUGGAUCGCCAUGUCGCCAGUCUCAUUGAUGCUUCAGAGCAUCUUUGGAAACGACCUACCGAACCGAAUUCCAGACCACAUGAACGGUCCCAACGCAACCACAUACCAAUUCAUGUGUUUUUUCAUCUUUUGGGUCUGUCAGCUGCCGUUCAUCUAUGUCCAUCCACAUCAGAUUCGUCAUCUGUUUACCGUGAAGGCCGCUUUGGUCCCAUUUGCGGCGUUCGGCUUUUUGAUCUGGUCCCUGAAGAAAUCUCAUGGCAAAAUCGCGCUGGACUCGCUGGUACAAGGACCGCCUUUGUCUUCUAGCGAACGUGGUUGGGCUUGGGUGCAGUCAAUUUUGGCGUGCAUUGGCAACUUCGCCACCUUAAUUGUGAAUGCACCGGACUUUUCUCGUUUUUCCAAGACCAAGCUAUCCGCCUCCUACUCACAAGCCUUUUCCAUUCCAUUCUUCUUUUCCAUCACCUCUCUGAUAGGUGUCAUAGUUACCUCUGCCGCUUACAAGGUUUACCAGGUUAAUUACUGGUCGCCUGUGGACGUCCUGGGCAGAUUUUUGGGCGAUGGGUUCACCAAGGGCGAACGCGCAGGCGUGUUCCUGAUUUCCUUUGUUUUUGCCAUUGCCCAGCUCGGCACUAACAUCAGCGCUAACUCUUUGUCUGCUGGUACAGACAUGACAGCGUUGUUGCCCAAAUACAUCAGUAUUCGACGUGGUGGAUUUAUCUGUGCUGCUUUGGCGCUGUGUAUAUGUCCCUGGAACCUGAUGUCGAGCUCUAGUAAAUUCACCAUGGCGCUGAGUGCGUAUGCCAUUUUCCUCAGUUGUAUUGCAGCCGUUAUGGUUGCAGAUUACUAUGUGGUGCGCAGAGGCAAGCUUGAUCUGCAACAGCUGUAUUGUGCAGACACAUCUGUUUCCGCAUACAUGUACGGCAAUCGGUUUGGGAUCAACUGGCGAGCUUUGGUUGCGUAUUUGGCCGGCAUUGUGCCCAACAUGCCGGGAUUUGUUGGCACUGUCGGGAAUAACAUUCACGUACCCAUGGGGGCCAUUAAGCUGUACUAUCUCAACUACCUAGUCGGAUUUCUCGUCUCGUUUCUGAUCUAUGUGGCGCUCUGCUACUUUUUCCCUGUCCCUGGUGCUCCAGUGGCCAAUAUUCUUGGCAAAAGUGAAUGGAUGGAGAGCUUUCAAGACGUGGAAUUUUUCCGCGAAGAAAGGCACACUUUUUACAGCGACAAUGGGCUACAUGCUAUCUCUUCUAGAUUAGGAGAAGACGAAGAGGACCCUGCCCUUGCGUUCACUAUCCGCAGUCGCUCGCCGGACAUUUUGAAGCAUCACGUCAGAGACUAUAAACAAGCGGAAACUACCUACACCAAGGAAUCUUCAAACUAG